CGGGUGUUCUAAUUUUGACAGCGCGAAUUUCGCUGUGGUGAGUUCGCCGUUCGCCGGCAUUGUAUUUCAGCUAUAAAACGCCGCCCACGCUGGAGUGAUGAAGAGGAGGAUGCCCUCCUGGAAAUAUGGGGAGAAAGGACAUAUCUAUGCCGAAAUGGCAGAAGAAAUGUGCGUAAGAGGCUACCAUUUUUCUGCGAGCGAGGUGAAAAUAAAAGUUCACAAUUUCACCAACAAAUACCGGGACGAAAAGAAAAAGGUAGGGCAUUCAGGAGGGUCUCCUUCAAGCUGGCGAUAUUACCAAAGGAUUAACCAGCUCCUCGGUGGCUACAAAGCUUUUAAUAUAGAGAGCGUUAUUGAGGAGAGUACAGUGAUUGACUACCUUGAGGAGUCGGUGGAUAUCCGUUCAUCCACGCCAAUUUCGGGUGAGUCAGUGGAACCUGCAAAGAAGAGGAAAAAGAUUAAUUUUCAAGAAGAGAUGCUGUCUGAAUUUAAAAAAUCAAAUGAAAAAAUUCUCGAUUUUGUUAAAUGUGACUAUGAAGAAACAAAGAACUUCCAGACUCAGAUGAUUACUAUUGAGGAAAGAAAAAAUCACUUGUUGGAAAAGUUUUUAGAAUCGAUGCAAAAUAAAACCUACGAUAAAAUAUAAUGCAUUUAUUCUUACUUAAAUCAAAUAAAAUGUGUUUAUUCUUACUUAAAAAAGUAGCAAUGGCAUCUCUUAUUUCUUGUGCGUUUGAAUUAUGGUCAGUGAAAGUACUUUCUCUGUCUGGUUGGCCACGAUUGUAACGAAUUUCAUGCUGGGUUUGUUUCAUUAUCCAGGUGGCAUUGAUAUGAUCAUUAUGCUCAUUUAAAAAAUUAUGCAAAACACAGCAGCUCUUUACAAUUAAAGGCGCGUUUUUUUAUGUCAUUAUCAAUGCCUUUACCUAUGCGCCUAAAACGAGCUUUUAAAUGCCCAAAUGCAUUUUCCACAACUCUUCGUGAUUUUGAAAGGUAGUAAUUAAAUCAUUUUUCUUUUCCAUCCACUACUGUGGAAAAUGGGUAUGGUUUCAUGAGAUUUGGUGAUAAGCGGAAAGCGGAAUCACCCAACACCAAAACUGGUACGCUUACUCCGCUUAUAAUUUUUGCAUUCUCCUU